AUGUACUCCGCAAAACGCGCCUCCGUCCGCCGCCCAGCACCCUCAACCAUAUCCCCCUCCACCUCCCGAACCCUCAACCUCCGCUCCGAACUCACCGAAGAACAAAAACACGAAAUCAAAGAGGCCUUCGACCUCUUCGAUAACGACCGUGACGGCGCAAUUGACUACCACGAGUUGAAAGUCGCGAUGAAGGCACUUGGGUUCGAUGCGGAGAAGAAUGAGGUGUUGAAGAUUCUGGAUGAGAAUGAUCGGAGUGGACAGAGGAAGAUCAAGUAUGAGGAUUUUGCUCGUGUUAUGACCGAGAAAAUCGCCGACCGCGACCCAUUAGAAGAAAUCAGAAGAGCAUUCGCGCUAUUCGACGAUGAGGGUACCGGAAAGAUCUCCUUGAGAAGCCUGAGACGGGUAGCGAAAGAGUUGGGAGAGCCUCUUGAUGAUGAGGAAUUGCAGGCGAUGAUUGAUGAGUUUGACCUGGAUCAGGAUGGUGGGAUUGAUGAGCAGGAGUUUAUCAGCAUUAUGACUGACGGGCUCUGA